AUGGCUUCUCGCCGAACAGCAUCUUCCGUUCCUGAGGGAUACAAGGAGGAUAUCUCUAAGGGCAAGAUGCUCCGAUUCGAAGACUCUCUCCCUCAACUCCCUGUCCCCAGCCUGGAAGAGACCAGCCGCCGAUACUUGAAGUCCGUGCACGCAGUUGUCUCGGAGGCCGAGUAUGCACACACCAAGAGCGCCGUGGAGGCUUUCAUCCGCCCUGGUGGCCAGGGUGAGUCUCUGCAGAAGCGCCUCGAGGCGCGCGCUGCCGAUCCCAAGAUUAAGAACUGGCUCGCCGAGUGGUGGAACCAGGCCGCCUACCUCGGCUACCGUGACCCCGUCAUUCCCUACGUCUCCUACUUCUAUUCAUACCGGGACGACCGUGAGCGUCGCGACCCAGCCAAGCGCGCAGCUGCUAUUACUACUGCCGCCCUUGAGUUCAAGGCACAGGUUGAUGAUGGCUCCCUAGAGCCAGAAUACCUUCGCAAGGAGCCCCAGGCCAUGAGCUCAUACCAGUACAUGUUCAACUGCUGCCGUAUCCCCGCCGAUGGCGAGGAUUUCCCACGCAAGUACUCUGCCGCUGAGAACCAGCACAUCGUAGUUGUGCGCAAGAACCAGUUCUUCAAGGUGCCUCUCAUCGUGGAUGGCCAGCAGCUCAACGUCUCUGAGCUGGAGCAGCAAUUCAAGCGCAUCUACGAGAUCGCACAGCCCGCACCACCGGUUGGUGUUUUGACUGUUGCUGACCGUGAUCACUGGACUGCUGCCCGCAAGACCAUCGUUGCUGCUGAUGCCGCCAACGAGCUGGCCCUGCAGGACAUUGAGUCUGCUGGCUUCGUGAUCUGCCUGGACGAUGCCAAGCCCGUCACGCUCGCAGAGCGCGCAGAGCAGUACUGGCACGGUGAUGGCUCCAACCGCUGGUUCGACAAGCCUCUUCAGUUCAUUGUUAACGACAAUGGCUCCGCUGGUUUCAUGGGCGAACACAGCAUGAUGGAUGGAACCCCCACCCACCGUCUGAACGACCACGUCAAUAACCUCAUCUUCAACAAGAAAAUCGACCUCUCUGCCAAGUCCAUCCGCUCCCAACUCGCCGACCCUAAGCCCAUCAACUUUAAGCUGAACGAUGCCUCGAACGAGGCCAUUGAUAUCGCGGCCCAAUACCACCGCAAGCAGAUUGCCUCCCAUGAGCUCGUCGUCCAAGCCUACCAGGGCUAUGGUAAGGGACUGAUCAAGAAGUUCAAGUGCAGCCCCGAUGCUUUCGUCCAAAUGACCAUCCAGCUCGCCUACUUCAAGAUGUACGGCAAGAACCGCCCUACCUACGAGUCCGCCUCAACCCGCAAGUAUGCCGAAGGCCGCACAGAAACCACCCGUUCCGUCUCCGACGAGAGCGUCGCCUUCUGCAAGGCCCACCAGGACCACACCACCCCGCGUGAGGAGGUCGUCAAGCUCUUCCGUGCCGCCCUCGCCCAGCACACUAAGUACACCCAAGAAGCCAGUUCCGGCCACGGUGUCGACCGCCACCUCUUCGGUCUCAAGAAGCUCCUCCAGCCCGGCGAGCAACUGCCAGAGAUCUACAAGGAUCCCGCCUUCGUCUACUCUUCAUCCUGGUACCUGUCCACUUCCCAACUGAGCUCCGAGUUCUUCAACGGAUACGGGUGGAGUCAAGUUAUUGACGACGGAUUCGGAAUCGCGUAUAUGAUCAAUGAGAACAGUCUCAACUUCAACAUCGUCUGCAAGCGUCUUGGUGCUGAGCGCAUGAGCCACUACCUCAACGAGGCUGCCUCCGAGCUUCGUGACCUCCUCAUGCCCGACCUUGCUGCCCAGCCCGAAAAGCCCAAGCUGUAG